AAAACCCUUUCUUUUCAUUUCCUCAUCACCCCACUAGCCGCACAGCCUCCCUCAAAACCCUAACCCUAAAAAAAAAACCAGAAAUGGGUCGUGUAAUCCGCGCCCAACGUAAAGGAGCAGGCUCCGUUUUCAAAUCCCACACCCAUCACCGGAAGGGUCCUGCCCGAUUCCGUUCCCUGGACUUCGGCGAGCGAAAUGGGUACCUCAAAGGAGUGGUUACCGACAUCAUCCACGACCCGGGUCGUGGAGCUCCGCUUGCAAAGGUAACGUUUAGGCAUCCAUUUCGUUACAAGCAUCAGAAGGAGCUGUUCGUUGCAGCCGAAGGGAUGUAUUCUGGACAAUUUGUUUACUGUGGAAGGAAAGCUAAUUUGAUGGUGGGAAAUGUGUUGCCUUUGAGAUCAAUUCCUGAAGGAGCUGUUGUUUGUAACGUCGAACAUCAUGUCGGUGAUCGCGGUUCUUUUGCGAGAUGCUCUGGUGAUUAUGCUAUUGUUAUUAGUCAUAACCCGGAUAAUGGAACUACUCGGGUGAAACUACCUUCUGGAGCAAAGAAGAUUGUGCCAAGUGGGUGCAGAGCUAUGGUCGGUCAAGUUGCAGGUGGAGGAAGAACUGAGAAGCCUAUGUUGAAGGCAGGAAAUGCAUACCACAAGUACAGAGUGAAGAGGAACUGCUGGCCCAAGGUUAGAGGUGUUGCUAUGAAUCCCGUGGAGCAUCCCCAUGGUGGUGGUAAUCACCAGCAUAUUGGACAUGCCAGUACUGUUCGUCGUGACGCUCCUCCUGGACAAAAGGUUGGUCUUAUUGCUGCAAGGAGGACUGGUCGUCUCCGUGGACAAGCUGCUGCUACCGCUUCCAAAGCUGACAAGAGUGCUUAAAUUAGUAUCUGAAAUUACUCGUCUGUCCUUUUUUGAGAAUUUUGCAUUUGCUGCACUAGAACUUCUGUUAUCUUGUGUUAGUAUAUCACUUUUAAGUUUUUUCUUCCGUUGAAUGAUACUUUUUGGGAUAGAGAUUUAGUAAAUUUUAUUAUUUAUGAUUUGGUUAA